AUGACAAAAACUACUCGGAAAGCCAAAAUUCUCGUGCUUCCCGGUGAUAAUGCAGGUCCCGAAGUAGUGGCCGAAGGUAUCAAAAAAACUCUAAACGCUGCCAAAGAAUCAGAUGCAAUCCUUUUGGGUGCUGUUGGUGGUCCUCAAUGGACAUCUGGACCUCGUCCUGAACAAGGGCUUUUAGAGAUUCGUAAAGCUUUGGAUUUAUACGCGAAUCUUCGGCCUUGUUCAUUUGCUAGUGAUGCCCUUUAUGAAUAUUCACCACUGAAAGAGAAAGUUGUUAAAGGAACCGAUUUUACAAUUGUCAGAGAAUUAGUUGGUGGUGUUUAUUUUGGAGAAAGAAAAGAAGAAGAUGCAAGUGGAAAAGCUUUGGAUACUCUUCCAUAUUCAGUUGAGGAGGUGGAAAGAGUAACACGCCUCGCCGCAUAUCUUGCACUUCAAAAAUCACCACCAGCCACUAUACAUUCAAUUGACAAAGCCAAUGUUUUAGCGACUUCAAGAUUAUGGCGUCGAGUUGUCACAGAAACACUCCAAAAAGAAUUCCCAACAAUCCCAUUUAAGCAUCAUUACGUUGAUGCGGCCGCAAUGUUCAUGGUCAAAAAUCCAACUUUGUUGAAUGGAAUUGUGCUCACUGAAAAUCUAUUUGGUGACAUUCUGAGUGAUGAAGCGAGUGUUAUUCCUGGUAGUUUGGGUCUUUUGCCAUCUGCUAGUCUUAGUGGUCUACCGGAUGGAAAGAGUCGAUGUCUUGGUUUAUACGAACCUAUUCAUGGAUCAGCACCUGAUAUUGCAGGACAGGGUAUCGUUAAUCCGAUCGCCACGAUUCUUAGUAUCGCUUUAUUGUUGAGAUAUUCACUGAAUCUGGAACGAGAAGCAAAAGCAGUAGAAGAUUCCGUUCGAAAGGUAUUGGAUAGUGAAGAAUUUGGUGGUUUCGCUUAUCGUACAAAAGAUUUGGGCGGUAAUAAAUCAACAUCUCAAGUCGGUGAUCAAGUUAUCGAAGUAUUGGAAGGUUAUUUGGAAGGAUUGAAUGCAGAAGAUCGUGUUUCGACUAUAACUCCAACUCGGGGUCUUUUACUGAAAAGACCUGAAGGCAGACGUGGCAUGACUCUAUGCGAAAAAACAAUCGCACAUGCUGCGAUUGGUUUGCCUCCUCCGGGUCAUGUAAAGCCCGGUGAUAUGGUCUGUGUCUCUGUUGAUUGGACAUUAGCAUCGGAACUAACAUGGAAAGGAAUGGAAAAAACAUUCGACAUAAUGGGACGACCUAAUAUUUACCGUAACGAUCGGUUCUGGCUUGCAAUCGAUCACACAGUAGAUCCACGUAUCAAUCAUAUGCCAAAACCUGCGGAAUUAAUUCAAGCAUCUGAAAAAUUUGCCAAGGAAGCUAAGCUUGUCGAUUUUUAUAAACCAAAUGUCACAAUUCUGCACACCGAAUUUUAUCGUGAACGAGCACAACCUGGUCAAAUGAUUAUUGGAGCCGAUUCUCAUUCAUGUUCAGCUGGAGCGGUUAGUGCUUUUGCCGUUGGUUUAGGUGCAGCUGAUGUUGUGAUGCCUUUGGUGACUGGCGAAACUUGGUUCAAAGUACCGGAAACCGUGGAAAUUCGAUUUGUUGGAAAGCCUCCAUUCGGUAUUGGUGGAAAAGAUGCAAUUCUUUACGUGUUGGGUGAACUGAAACGUAAUACUGUGGCUUUUGAACGUGCAGUUGAAUAUACCGGACCAGGACUAAAAUAUUUGUCAUGUGACGCACGAUUUGCUCUUUCAAAUAUGACCACGGAAUUUGGUGGUAUUGCUGGGGUAUUUGAAGGUGACGAAAUCACUGCAGCAUUUAUCGCUAAACGCAAAAAUCCAGCUCACAAGAACUCUGCUCUUUAUUUCCGUGCUGAUCCCGAUGCUCAGUACGCUGAAACUCAUGUCAUUGACUUAUCAAAAGUUGAUUCAUUAGUCGCGUUAUAUCCAUCCCCUGAUAACAUUGUUCCAGUUCGAAAAGCUCAAGGAACGAAACUUGACGGUGUAUUUAUUGGUGCAUGUACUACAGCCGAAGAAGAUUUAAUUCUCGCUGCUAUGGUAUUGGAACAAGGCUUGAAAAAAGGGUUAAGACCAACGAUAAAUGGUAAACGAAAGGUGACGCCGGGUAGUUUGCCAAUUGUUGCUAAAUUGCGUCGACUUGGCCUUUUGAAGGUUUAUGAACAAGCUGGAUUUGAGAUUGGGGCACCUGGUUGUUCUUAUUGUAUUGCUGUUGCUGCCGAUCGUGCUGGUGAAGGUGAAGUUUGGUUAAGUAGUCAAAACAGAAACUUUAGAAAUCGUAUGGGUAAAGGAGCGAUCGGUAAUUUGGCAUCAGCAGCGACAGUGGCUGCUUCUUCAUUCGAAAUGCAAAUUCGUGAUCCAAGAGAACUUUUAGAUCUAGUCGAUCGUGCACGAUACGAAGAAUACCUUGAACAAUGGCUACAAAAAGGCGAACCAAUAACAAUCUCUGAACCUAAUCCUCUUUUACUGGAUCCUAAUAGCGUACAAUCAAAAGAUACUUCCGCUAAACCACAAACAAAAUCAUUCUUACCAUCCUUCAUAGCCGGCAAAGUACAGAGAUUUGAGGAUAAUGUUGAUACGGACGCAAUUAUCCCUGCACAAUUUAUGCCCGGAACUAGUGACGAGGACCUUGGAACACAUGCCUUCCAAUAUGUGAGACCCGAUUUUGUAAGUAAAGUAAAAGAAGGAUUUACGAUCGUUGUCGGUGGGUCCGGUUUUGGAUCCGGAUCGUCUAGAGAAGAGGCACCGAGAGCUUUGAAAGGGGCUGGAAUUCAGGCGCCUAACAUGGCACUAUUGGGUAUAACAGUAACCGAUGAAGAAUUUUAUAAUCUAGCUCAAGAAGGCGCCGAAGUAAGCAUCGACGUCAAAAAUCGUAAAGUUAAGGUUAACGACAAGGAAUUCGAAUUUUAUUUGUCAGAAAUGGAAGAGAAAUUGAUCGCGGCUGGCGGUGUCACAGAAAUGUAUAAAAAUUAUGGCGCAAACCUGUUUAGAGCUGCGGUUGGAUUAGAAGCUUCAGCUGUAGGAAGUUGUGCGACUGAGGCCUCUUCAGAAGUUAAGGAUUGUGGGAGUGGAGGAAAGGAAUUGGCGUGGUAA